AUGAAAAAACAUUCACCUGUAACAGUGCAUCCACAAACACUGUAAUCAAGUACAAAUGCGAGAGACAUUUUACCCAGGCACAUGCCAGCAGAGCAGUUGUCAUCGAAGGUCAAUCUUGUUUUCCUUGUAGGUUAGAACACAAUGGAAAAGGCAUUAAACGGGCACAUUAUCAUUGUCCACAUUGUGAUAAGACGAUAUUAAUCCGUAAUCGUUUUACAAAACAUGUUGGAUCACAUGCCAAGCGUCAUGAAGCGAAACAAGUAACGAGAGAUGGAGUAUCGACCAUCUCAAAUAUACCUGACGCACCGAGCAUAGAAACAUCCAUACCAAACCCACCAAGUUUAGAGCAAAUCCCACCAAAUUUAGAGCAACCAGAGACAAUUCAAAAUCUUGACGAUGAUCAGAAAUUGGAUGAAGAAGUAUCGGCCAAGAGGAGAAAAAAAGGCAUGUCAGGUUUGUGGAAAAGAAAUGGAUUCACGUAG